AUGGCUCCCACGCCCUAUCGCAUGAAAGGGAUUGCCCUUAUCACGGGUGCUGCAUCAGGCAUUGGAAGAGCAGUGGCUCACACGUUUGUUCUCGAAGGGUGCACGCGGCUCGUCCUCGCAGAUCUCAAUUCCGACGGCUUGCAAACAGUUUCUGAUGAGGUGAAGGCUCUGGACUCCAAUGUGCAAACAUGCCUUGUCACAUGUGAUAUCUCUGUUGAGGCAGACGUUCAGAGAAUGGUGGACGAGGCAGUGAGAGUCUUUGGGGGAAUCCAUUAUGCUGUGAACAAUGCCGGAAUAUCCAGCAAACCAAGGGUCAGAACUCACGAACUUGAAGUCGAGGCGUAUGAUCGUGUGCAAAAUGUCAACCAAAGGGGGCUGUGGCUGUGUGAACGAGCAGAGUUGCGGCAGAUGUUAACUCAGGAACCAAUUCUACGGUCUCGAUCUGGCGCGAUCCCUCAGAGAGGCUCAAUUGUUAAUAUUUCCUCGAUAUUUGGCCGUGUAUCGCACGAGAAUGUUGGCGUGUAUGCCCCGUCAAAGGCUGCAGUGUUGGGCAUUUCGCGCACGGAUGCUUGUGCUUAUGGAAAGGACGGCAUUCGUGUCAAUUCUGUCUGCCCUGGUUAUAUCAGAACACCAUUGCUUGAUCAUCAGAUCAAGAUAGGUACUUAUCCCGAGGAAAUGAUAAAGUUGAUUCCCAUACAACGUUGGGGUUUUGCAGAAGAAAUAGCUGAAGGGGUGGUUUUUCUUGCCAGCGAGAAAGCUAGUUUCAUCACUGGAGAAGAGCUAUAUAUCGACGGCGGCUCAGUGAUCAAAUGUCAUGGUUGAAGGCAGUUAUACACCACUUUGUCGCUAGGCUCAUUCCCUGCAUCAAGCCAUGGUCGAACAGGGAGCAUCUUUGCAGCUCGAUAUGGAAGAUUGUACUCGAUACAGCCAAAUGAUGUUAGCC